GAGAGGUUUUCGGUAAUAGGUUAUAUAAAUAACCUAUCUACAAUAAAUAUAAGUACCUGUUAUGUGAUGGAGAAACGUAAAAUUCGUUUCGCGCAAACAUCGAAGGUUUCUCGAAUUGUCAGAACAGUUAGAAAGUGAUGUUGAUGAAACAUGACUUUCGAUCGCCUAAGAUAAUAAAAUCGCUUUGGCUUGACAAUUAAAAGAUUGAAGGUAGUGUAGUUAUUUAAUAGUAUAACGCAUUUAGUACAGAUAUUUAAUGUAAAAUGGAGUGUAAGAUCGAUGACUUGCCAGACGUGCUAUUGGAAUAUAUUUUAAGUUUGAUUCCGCCUUAUAAAGAUCUUCAAGAAUGUAAGCUUGUGUCUAAAAGAUGGUUCCAUGCUACCAAAAAUGUAUUACAACGUAACAGAGCGCAUUUCCAUAAAUCUGUUGCUUAUGGAUCAUUGCUUUGGUGUUCCUGGCCAUCUAAACAUUGGAUGCCUACUAUAGGAAAGAGACACUCGCAUUCUGCUUGCACGUAUGAAAAUUUCAUGUAUGUCUUUGGAGGAUGUACAGCCACAUGUACAACAUUUAAUGACUUAUGGCGAUUAGAUUUGGCCACAAGAACAUGGGUGAGAUUAAUCACUAUGGGAAGUUACCCAUCGCCCAAGGCUUGUGCCACUAUGCUAUAUUACAAAAAAGGCUUUAUUUUAUUUGGCGGGUGGUCUCUUCCAUCGCCAUAUUCCUUACACCAGCAAUCAAAACUAUUCAAUGAAUUACAUGUAUACUCUGUAGAAUCUAAUAAAUGGAUUGCUGUAGAUACAUUGGAAAAGCCUCCACCUACAGCAGCACAUUCAGCGUCGAUUCACAAAAAUUAUAUGAUUGUUUUUGGUGGUAUAAUGGGUAGCAUAUUUUUUGAUAGAUCCAAUGACGUGUGGUGUUUGAAUUUGGAUUCGUAUAGUUGGCACAAGCAAGCUACAUCAAACUUAAAACCAGAACCACGUUAUGGUCAAUCUCAAAUUGAGCUUGGCGACAACCAUCUUCUCGUGCUAGGAGGUUGUGCUGGUCCUAAUGUUGCUAUGAACGACGCUUGGUUACUAAAAAUGGAAGGCACAUCUUGGACAUGGAAAAAAGUAAAUAUGCACAAUACAAAAUGGGCACCGGCACGUAUUUGGUAUCAUCAGGCAUGUAAGGUGGGAAAUUACGUUAUCGUUCUUAGUAUAAACAAAUGCCAGAAAAAACCGAAUGAUGUGAAUAUAUCACUAAGAAAUGUUACUGGUCAAAGGACAACAUCAUUGCAAACCGAUCCAGCCCCUUUACAAGAAAGACAAGGGAACGUAUCUUAUACUGACAGAGAGGUAAACGUUAAUGGUCGGCAUGGAUCAUUUUCAAGAGCUUCUAUGCAAAAUGCACAUUCUUCGUCUCACGCUCCUAGUUUUACAAAAAGUUUAACAUUAUGCAAUGAUAAUGUAUUAAGCAUGGCUGCUUUUCGCGAUGAACCGGUUCGUAGCGGUUCGAACAGUAACCGACAACGUCAAUUAGAAUCGCUUCGGAGAAUGGAGGAAAGAAUUAGAAAUCGAAGAACACAAUCGAAAACUGUGAAGAAAACGGGAAACACACUAUCUAUAUUUGUAUUAGAUAUUACUAACGUUCUACACGAUGAGUGUACAGCUUCGUGGAUUCCUUUGAAGCAUAAUAAUCAAUCUGGUCCCGAUGAAAGAAUACUUUAUUCGCUUGUACCGGGUCGCGGUGAAUUGAUAGUGUUUGGGGGCAUACGUAAGGAACAGACAUUUUUACAAAGUCACCCUGUUAUGGAUGAAUCUGAAGUCUAUAAUGAUCUCCAUUUUAUAAAUCCGCCGAGAUAUGUUAUUUAAUAUAUCGUAAUAGCAAUUAAU